CUAGCUGAUCAUCACAAACUUCAGGUCACUCAUCAAAGGUCUUGUCAACAAUGGAGGUAGUCUCACCAUCCAAGCUAGCGUGGAUCCCGCUGGCGUUCGCCGUCGCGGCCGCCGCUGCCGUCGCGCCGUGCGCGGCCCAGAACACGGCGCAGGACUUCGUGAACCUGCACAACUCCCCUCGCGCGGACGUGGGAGUCGUGAUCGUGACCUGGAACGCCACGGUGGCGGCGUACGCGCAGAACUACGCGACCCAGCGCGCCGCCGGCGACUGCCGGCUGGUGCACUCAGGCGGGCCUUACGGGGAGAACCUCUUCUGGGGCUCGGCGGGGUACGCGUGGGCGGCGUCGGACGCCGUGGGUUCCUGGGUGGCGGAGAAGCAGUACUACAACCACGCCACCAACACCUGCUCGGCGCCACCCGGCAAGUCCUGCGGCCACUACACGCAAGUGGUGUGGCGCGCCUCCACCGCCCUCGGCUGCGCCCGCGCCGUCUGCAGCAACAACGCCGGCGUCUUCAUCGUCUGCAACUACUCACCGCGGGGCAACAUCGUCGGACAGAGCCCUUACUAGCCAGCUGCGUGAGGAGCUGCAGCGUCGUACUCUUAUUUUAACAUCCAUGCAUGUUUUAUGCGCUCCAUGUAUGCAAAUUCACAGAUAUAUAUAUCGCUGUGAAAUUUAUAUAUGAUGUGAUUAAUAUGUUCAUUAAUAAAACCAC